AUGAAGUUUAGUACAGAGGAUCAAGUCACCAAUGCCUUGGCCUCUCUAGACGGCAGCAUUUCCGAGUUUCAGGAAGAAUUAGAUGUGUGUUCUCAACGCCGUAUGGGUCGCAUGCAUGAAGGAAUACAGAGAAUCGAGGACAUUGCAGGGAAAAUUGCUACGGCUCUGGAUGAGGGCAAAUCAAAUGAAGUUACCAGAGACAUUCUUCAAGAAGUAUAUUCAGAUUCUUUAACUGUUCAAUCGGGUGAAGAGAGCACCAAGAAAAGCAAAGGAUCUAGCGACACAGCCAGCCUUUCUGAGAGAAACAGCAAGGUCGUCGACGCAUGGAAGGCAACAAUCGGAGACUUCAUCCCAGGUUCUGAUAACCACGUCAAAGCGUGUAUUCGCGCCGGUGUCGGUCAACUUACACUGGAGGACAGGGAGAAGAGCGAAUGGAUCAUGUCUUCCUCUCAAGUCCGCAAUUGGUUACGCCUUGACGAGUCUAAGAUUCUGAACAUCAGAGGAGAAAACGCGCCGCAGGGCUUAUUUCACCCUCUGUCCUUCACAGCCGCUCUGCUCACCGAGACACUCCAAAAGUCGACUGAUUAUCCUGUCCUGUCAUUCUUCUGUGGAUUGCGAACGAACGACACUUUCGACGUUGUAUCUUGCGGUCCGAUGGCGGUUCUCAAAAGCCUGAACGGUCAACUGAUGAACUUCUGCCUGGGAAAGCGUCCAGGGGUCGACAUUUCUUUACUCGAGUUGCAGAAGAAGCGAUUGAUCAAAAGGUCAGCCGAGAAGUCUAAGUACGCUUUGCAACUCUUCCAUGGACUCCUGAAUUUACUAGAGGAAAAAGACGUUGUGUUUGUGAUUCUCGACUCUUGGUCACGGUUGCUUGGAGAUAGAACACAAGCAGACGAUAUCAUAGAGAUGCUGUCUCAAACGAUCAAGGAAUUGCCCGACCUGGUGAUUAAGGUACUCGUGCUCGACGCUCUGCCCUCGGAUGUUGUGAACAACUUGGCUCAUUCGUUUCUCUACGUGCCAGAGGAAAUUGAUGGUUGGCGGAAUGAUGUACAGUUGAGUCAGUUGGAGCAAAGCAAUUUGCGCAUGGUCGAGGAGCUACGAGAGACACAGCAAAAGAAACGCGAGGAUUUGGCUGAGUCAGACUUAGAAAGCUUGGAUGGUAACUGGUAG